CGUUGCUCUGACCUUAUACCCCAAAAUCUCUAUUUAUUUUAACCUUUCCUCGCUUCACCCUUUAGACCUUUAAAUAAACUACACUGUGCGUCCCUGUGUAUCUAUCUCUGCCAUUGACGACCUGCUCUUAUUUGCUUAAGGAGUUUCUUGAAAUUAGACAUGGCUGGAACUGCAAGUGAGGAUUCGGCAGUUGGAAGAUCUUUUGAAGUUAGUUUGGGUGGACAGCAGCAUAGUCAAGCUACCAGUGAAGCAUUAGCAGAAUGGCGGUCUUCUGAGCAAGUAGAAAAUGGGUCCCCUUCAACUUCACCGCCUUACUGGGACACGGAUGAUGAUGAUGAUGGUGGGCCAAAACCUUCUGAGUUAUAUUAUAAGUUCACUUGGAAGAUUGAGAAGUUUUCCCAAAUUAACAAGAGAGAACUGAAAAGUAAUGCCUUUAAGGUUGGCGACUACAACUGGUACAUAUUGAUUUACCCUCAAGGCUGUGAUGUAUGCAACCAUCUCUCGUUAUUUCUCUGUGUUGCCAAUCAUGACAAGCUUCUUCCUGGAUGGAGUCACUUUGCACAGUUUACAAUUGCUGUUGUUAAUAAAGAUCCGAAGAAAUCCAAGUAUUCUGAUACAUUGCAUCGAUUUUGGAAGAAGGAGCAUGAUUGGGGAUGGAAAAAGUUUAUGGAGCUAUCAAAAGUGUUGGAUGGAUUUAUUGAUGCAGACACUCUUAUAAUCAAAGCUCAAGUGCAAGUUAUCAGGGAGAGAGUUGAUCGCCCAUUUCGAUGUCUUGAUUAUCAGUAUAGGAGAGAACUUGUUCGAGUAUAUUUGACAAAUGUAGAACAAAUCUGCCGUCGUUUUGUGGAAGAGAGAAGAGGCAAGCUUGUAAGACUUUUAGAGGAUAAAGCCAGAUGGUCCAGCUUUUGUGCUUUCUGGCUGGGAAUCGAUCAGAAUGCCAGGCGUUGUAUGUCGAGGGAGAAAACUGAUUCAAUGUUGAAAGUAGUUGUCAAACAUUUUUUUAUAGAAAAGGAAGUCACAUCUACUUUGGUUAUGGAUUCCCUGUAUAGUGGGCUAAAGGCCCUUGAAGGUCAGACCAAGAGCAAGGGAGGAAAGGGAAAAUCUUUAGAAUUGGAAGAACCACCAGUCCCAAUUGUUUGCAUGGAGAAAGACACAUUUAUUUUAGUGGAUGAUGUCUUAUUACUACUUGAGAGGGCUGCCAUGGAACCGUUGCCACCAAAGGAUGACAAGGGUCCACAAAACCGUACCAAGGAUGGUGGUCCUGGGGAAGACUUCAGCAAAGAUUCUAUCGAGCGCGAAGAAAGGCGCCUUACUGAACUUGGUCGCAGAACUAUCGAAAUCUUUGUGUUAGCACAUAUUUUCAGCAGUAAAAUUGAAGUCGCAUACCAAGAGGCUGUUGCUUUGAAGAGGCAAGAGGAGCUCAUACGUGAAGAAGAGGCAGCCUGGAUUGCUGAAAAUGAGCAGAAAACAAAGCGUGGUGCAGCUGAUAAAGAAAAAAAAUCUAAGAAGAAACAGGGAAAACAUAAGAGAAAUAAUAAUCGGAAAGGGAAGGACAAAGGGAAAGAUGAAAAGCAUGGUAUUGUCGUUGAAGAUGAGGCUGAACUAGAAAUCAAAGACGUCAGCAGAAAUCAACUUUCAUCUGAGGAACUAGUUGGGGAUCCUGAUCGAGUUGAAGAUGUUUCUGAUAUCUCAGAUUCUAUAGAUUGCGUUCCUGAACUACUUCAUCCUGAUUCUGAAGAUAGAGAUUCUAGCGCUGUUAAUUGGGAUACCGACACCUCAGAAGCUAAUCCACCCACAGAAGCCAGUAGCAGUCGCGUGACUGAUAUCUUAGCUGUACAAAAUGGAGAAAAAAAGAGUUCAACGAUAAUGGAUGAUAGUUCAUCAACAUGCUCGACUGACUCGCUGCACUCAGUUACUACUGUAAAUGGGAAGUACAAAGUGAACUCUUUCCAGAAACAGAAAAUCCAAAAAUCACCUAGCAGAGGUGAAUACCAGCAAGGUAGAGUGACUUACGAAGCAACAAGACUGGCCGUUGAUAGCAAUUCGUCCGAUGCUAUAUCUGAUGGGAGGCAGUUACAUGAUGUAUCUGAGAGCUGCAAAGCUGUUGAUUCUGAGGGUGCCUUCUUGCACUCGCCACAGCACCAUGUGCAAUGGACUGAAAUGCGUGCCACAAAGAAGGAGAAAGAUAAAUCUCUGCAAAGGAAAUUGAUGGAGACGGAGGAUGUUGAUGCAAAAAAGCCUGCUCAAGUGAGGACAACCGGAUCUUUAUCCACUCCCAGAAGCCCUGCUAAGAACCUUCCGACCCCUGUUCGGUUGAGAUCUGAGUCACAAGCUACUGUUUCAUUGAAUCUUCCAUCCCCUGUUCGUUUGAGAUCCGAGUUGCUAGUGACUUCAGCCAAUGACACAGUCACGGUUAGAAAGGCGUCCUCAGAAAGCCCCAUACUAGCUGAUCAAACAGCACCGAUAAAUUCAACCGAAACUGUAACGGAAGCUUAUUCUCAUAAAAAUGCAAGUCCAAGACCAUUAAAAAAGUCCACGGCUUUGCAUGUUCCCAUCUCAACUGCAAAUUCGAUAGCUCAGCAGGUUCCUGUUCCUACUGAAAAAGCUAAGGUACAACUGGAAGUUACAGCUGAAAGGCCCAUAUCUAAGGUCUCAGUUACAACUGAGAAGCCCACAGUUCAACAAGUCAUGUCCAGGCCUCUAAGUGCACCCUUAGUUCCAGAAUCCCGACCACCUGCUGCUGUUGUUUCUGUGGUUCAAUCAGCACCUGCAUUGUCACGUUCAACCAGUGCAGCUGGUCGGUUGGGACCUGAACCAUCGCCUGCCACUCCUAGUUAUAUUGCCCAGUCAUAUCGAAAUGCAAUGAUAGGAAACCACGUCACUAUGUGUUCAGCCAGUUACAGUCAGCCUCAGUCUCCAAACGCAGCUGUUAACUCAACUCACUUGCACUCUCACUCACAGCCGCCCUCCCUGCUCGCUCCAUUAUAUUUUCCACAGACUUCUGAGAGGAUUGAACCAAACUCAAUCAGACCGGGCCUUUCAUUUGGUAUGGUUGGUCAUGGUUCUCGUGCAGAUAAUAGCAGCAGAAGCAUUAACUUUGAUCCUUCUAUGCUGAGUAACCUGCGGAACGGAUCUCAGUGGACUAACAAUCUGCGUAGUGAUAGCAGCAGAAACAUCAACUAUGAUCUUUCUUUGCAUAAUGACAUGCAAAACUUUGAUAUUCACAAUUCUAUGCGGAGCAAUCCUCGAGAUCACUUCCCCAUAGAAUAUCCUGCUGGACCAUCAGGGCGUCAAUAUCAAAAUGUGCAGGCUGAAGAUUUUCCACAUCUCGACAUUAUUAAUGACCUGCUUGAUGAUGAAUAUGGAAUCGGGCUGGCAGCCGAUGCAAGUUCAGGAGUUCAGAAUUUUGUCAACGGACCUCACCAUCUGAAUCGGCAGUUCACUUUCCCAGGUGAAAUUGGCAUGUUGGGUGACCCUGGUCCCUCAAACAGCUCUUGCAGGUUUGAGCGAAGUCACAGUUAUCACGAUAAUCAAUUUCGUCAUAACUACAACUCUGCAGGAGGUCAGUUCAAUUCUAAUCUGAAUCCUCAGGCUAAUCUUCAGCCUUACCCAAAUCUUCCAAUUGAUGGGUUAAUACCACCGAAUCAGUGGCAGAUGGCCGCUACUGAUUUAUCUUACUCAAGUAUGAGAAGACCACAGGACGAUGGUUUGUCGUAUCACAUUCCAAACUAUUCAAACUUGGCAUGUGGAGUUAAUGGUAACAUCCUGUUCCGCCCUUCAAAUGGACGCUGAAAAAGUAAAUUCAGGUCGGAAUUGGCUUGUCCAUAAUAUAACAGGCUUCUGUCCCCUGGUAACGAAUAAUGUUUCGAUGCACAAGUAUUGGUCCCAUUAGAUUUGAUUGAAGUUGUAAACCUUUGUUGGCAAGAAAAGUAUUUUGUAAAGAAUGAUAACCUUUCUCUAUAUUCCCCACAGUUAGAUUUUUUAAUUUAUAAAAUUUGGGUUUUGUUAA